GAAACAGAAACCAGAAAAUACCAAAAUUACAACCUUGCCACCCCCGCAGACGAGACCUACCUAAUCGAACCCUCGUUCGGUCGUUCCCUUCCCCUGACGACGGCCGACCACGCCGGCCUUCCUCCAUGUCCCCUCCCACCGAAGUGAGCCACGCCACCCACCUCGCAGGAACCCUUCUCCUGUAGUCGUCCCCUCGCCAUCCUCCUCCACCCCCUCUACUCGAUCGGCUCGGGGUGGAGAGCUGGAGAUCCGUCCGGACUUGGAUUUGAUUUCGGCUUGUGUUGGGCUCAAGCACCAGUUGAUCAAGAUCAAAGGCAUUAGCAAUUUUUGUUGACGGGGCCAUAUGGAUCCGCACAGAUUGGUCAAACCUUGCGAGGAUUUAGGUACCCUUCGUCUAGCAUCGAACGGCUAACUUCAUGUGAAACCUCUUUCUCUGAAGUAUGAGCUGUAAACAAGUGUAGAGGAAGGUACAAGGAAAUAGUGACAUAAAACUUGAUUUGAUUAAGGAUCGAUUGGUACAAUGGCUCAGCAGGCAGCUUCAGUUCUGUUGAAUGAUACAGCAGUUGUUGACGCCAAACCCUUGCGUACACUGACUCCCAUGUUCCCUGCACCACUAGGGCUCCACACAUUCACCCCUCAAAACUCACCUUCAUUUGUCUGUGUGACCCCAUUUGGACCGUAUGCUGGAGGCACUGAGGGGAUGCCUGCUGGUGUUCCACCAAUGUUUGCAGCACCGGCUGCUCCUUCAGACCCCAGCCAGAGACAACCGAAUACAAUUAAUAUGAAUGGAGCUGCUCAUGCUAAUGGUACUGCAAACAGCAGUUUGGUCACUCCCUCCUUGCAAACUCCUCCCUCAGCUGCUACACAAGAAUCUGGUAAGAGGAAGAGGGGCAGGCCCAAGCGUGUGCCAGAUACUACUGUUCCUUCGGCUCCUUCAGUUCCUCUGGUUCCUACAAUUCCUCCGGUUCCUUCACUUCCUUUAGUUCCUUCAGUUCCUUCAGCUCUUCAAGAAGGUAACAAUGCUGUUCUCCUGACACCUUCAGCCACCUCACAGGAAUCUGGCAAGAGGAAGAGGGGACGGCCCAAACGUCUUCAAAACAUUCCUGUCCUGUCAACUCCUUCAGCUCCUCAAGCAGAUAGUACACCUGUUCUUCAGACACUUCCUGCGCCCACUGUACAUGAAUCUGGUACGAGGAAAAGGGGACGGCCCAAACGUGUGCAGGAUAGUUCAAAUACUUCAACUCCAAUUCACUUAAAAGAUAGUGAGCCCACUUUCCAGACACCUGCAGCUACCUCACCUGAAAGUAGUAAGAGGAGGGGACGUCCAAAGUGUGUGCCUGAUGCUUCCGUGACUCUGUCAAGUCAUUCAGGUUUUUCAAUAGAUGAUGACACUGUUAACGCAACGAAACGUGGACGGCCUAGGAAAAUUGGCACCAAUCUGUUGCAGCUUCCAUCUUUGUCUUCAGAUGAUCCUAGGGAAUCUGCAGAUAAUGUACUCAUGAUGUUUGACGCACUGCGGCGGAGGCUCAUGCAGUUGGAUGAGGUGAAGCAAGCUGCAAAGCAGCAGCAUAACUUGAAGGCUGGGAGCAUCAUGAUUAAUGCUGAGCUUCGCGUCAAUAAGAACAAGAGGAUUGGAGAGGUUCCAGGUGUCGAGGUUGGUGACAUGUUCUACUUCAGAAUUGAGAUGUGCCUGGUGGGGCUGAACAGCCAGAGCAUGGCUGGGAUUGAUUACAUGUCUGCUAAGUUCGGUAAUGAGGAGGAUCCUGUGGCUAUCAGUAUUGUGUCAGCUGGCGUUUAUGAUAAUACCGAAGAUGAUCCAGAUGUUCUAGUUUACACAGGACAGGGCAUGUCUGGUAAGGAUGACCAAAAGCUUGAGAGGGGUAAUCUUGCACUGGAGAGGAGUUUGCAUAGAGGUAAUCCAAUUAGAGUCAUUCGUAGCGUAAGAGAUUUGACUUGUCCAACUGGCAAGAUAUACAUAUAUGAUGGCCUUUACAAGAUCAAAGAAGCCUGGGUGGAGAAAGGGAAAUCUGGUUUCAAUGUGUUCAAACACAAGUUGCUCAGGGAACCUGGCCAACCUGAUGGCAUUGCAGUGUGGAAGAAGACUGAAAAAUGGAGGGAAAAUCCAUCAUCUAGAGACCAUGUUAUAUUGCAUGACAUAUCAUAUGGUAUGGAAAGUAAGCCUGUUUGCCUUGUAAAUGAGGUUGACGAUGAGAAGGGUCCUAGCCACUUCACCUAUACAACUAAAUUGAACUAUGAGAAUUCUCUGAGUUCAAUGAGAAAGAUGCAAGGCUGCAAAUGUGCAAGUGUAUGCCUCCCUGGUGAUAACAACUGCUCUUGUACGCAUCGAAAUGCUGGUGACCUGCCUUACAGUGCUUCGGGUAUACUAGUUAGCCGCAUGCCUAUGUUAUAUGAAUGUAAUGAUUCCUGCACUUGUUCACAUAAUUGCCGGAACCGAGUUGUACAGAAGGGUACGCAGAUCCAUUUUGAAGUGUUCAAGACAGGAGAUCGUGGGUGGGGCCUUCGUAGUUGGGAUCCAAUUCGUGCAGGCACAUUUAUUUGUGAAUAUGCAGGUGAAAUCAUUGCCAAAAAUAGCAUGAAUGGAGAAGGUGACUACAUCUUUGAGACCCCUUCUUCUGAGCUAAAUUUAAGAUGGAACUAUGCACCAGAGUUGCUGGGUGAACCUAGUCUUUCUUACUCAAAUGAGACUACCAAGCAACUGCCAAGCAUCAUUAGUGCAAAACGAAGCGGCAACAUAGCUCGCUUUAUGAACCACAGCUGCUCGCCUAAUGUUUUUUGGCAACCAGUUUUGUAUGAUCAUGGUGAUGAGGGAUAUCCACACAUUGCAUUCUUUGCAAUUAAGCAUAUUCCUCCAAUGACAGAGCUUACAUAUGAUUAUGGUCAGAGCCAAGAUAAUAUUCAACUGGGAACCAAUUCUGGUUGUCGGAAGUUUAAAAAUUGCUUAUGUUGGUCCCGAAAGUGUAGAGGUUCCUUUGGCUAAAUAACCAACCUUGUAAGGAAAGGAUUGGAUCAUAAUUUGCCAUUACAAGAGUUCCCUUUCCGAUGAACUGAAUUGUCUUCAUCAGCGGGAGCGCCUCUUCGUUGUGGUAUGUAUGAUGCAGCAGAGGUUGUCUAGACGUUCCAUGCACCAUUGAAUAAGUCUGCCCCUCUUUGCGCUAGAAUGCGAAAGGGGGUAUUUGUUGCACAAAGCGUUGUCAAUUGUAUCAGAUUUUCUCGGGUUAACUAGUUUUUAGGUAUCUUCUGAUAAGGAAGAAUAUGUGUAUUUUGCAUUCUUAAGAAAAAGAGACAAUUUUACUGAUCUUUGAA